AUGUGCGAACAAGACGAAGACGAAAGACCUGGUGAUACCUCUGAGCGUAUGAGAUGGUGUAUAACGGAUCCAUUGAAACUGCGCAUUCACAGAUUAAGGGACAACUUCCACAAGUUAUCACAUCGACAAAUAUCUAGAGAAGAAAAUGACUUUACAUCAGACGGUGAGGAGAGCGGUGGUGGAGGAGGAGCUGGCGAGGAAGCCGUGGAUCUCACAGCGACGAGAUCUCAUCAGGGCGACGAUGAUCCUAUGGAAGAGGAUGAGGAAGAAGGUAUCGAUGAGCAAGAUGAGCAGGAUGAGGACGAAGAGGGCUCGCGCAAACAGAUUCAUCAUCGACAAGACGCGGAGAACAAUAAUAACUUUGUGGAAAGCGGCCUGCCUACCGCUAUAUUCCCGCCAGCUGGAACUAGUCAUGUCACCCUCGAAGCCCUGCAGAAUACAAAAGUGGCGGUCGCCCAAUUCGCUGCCACUGCUCUCACUGGGACAGACAGCGAAGCGGCGCUACAAGAUCUGGCAUUUCUGGAAAACACGCUGUGCACCCUUCAGAAUCAACAGGUAUUACAAUUACAGCUGAUUCGACAACUUCAGCAACAAUUAUUGAUCACUCAUGGGCAAUCGGUAAUGCAAUCGUCAACGGAGCCAACUGAUAACAAAGAGGCUUCGUCAUCACCUAUUAUUCAUCCGAAACCAUUGUCGAGUCUCGCGUCACCUCCUUCUUCUCGUCCGCCGAGUCAUCAUCAGCAAACAUCACCGGCGCCGCUGACGCCGAAUCUGCUUCAGGAACGACCCACUUCGACGAGCAGCGCCUCUCCUUUGAAUCUACCCCUAUCUUCAUCCGGCACGACGUCAACAGUCAUCACGACCACCAGCAGCCAGGUGCCGAUGCCGCAUCAAAUGCCGCCGCUUUGCUCGAUAAGCGCUUCCCUUGCUUCAUCGAUCAUAACGAACACCGAUCCGCCUCCGCUUCACGAGCCCAAUACUCUGGACAUUCUUCAAAAGCGUACCCAGGAGGUAUUGGAUAACGCAAGUCAAGGACUAGCCAACAAUUUGGCCGACGAGCUCGCGUUUAGAGGCAAAGGCUCGCGACUAUCUCCUUACGAUUCGAAAUCAAGCGGUGGUCGCGGUGAGCCCUUCUUCAAGCAUCGAUGUCGCUUCUGUGGCAAAGUCUUCGGUAGCGACUCGGCGCUGCAAAUCCACAUACGAUCCCACACAGGUGAGCGACCCUUUAAGUGCAACGUAUGUGGCAGUCGGUUCACGACCAAGGGCAACCUGAAGGUCCACUUCCAAAGGCAUACGGCCAAAUUUCCACAUGUUAAGAUGAAUCCGAAUCCUGUUCCAGAACAUUUAGAUAAAUACCACCCACCCCUCUUGCAGCAAAUCGCUUCCGGGCAGAGACCGAUGCCGUCCCCGCCGCCGCCGCCACCACCAUCCUCUCAUCACCCCCCGUUUCAUCCGGCAACAACACACGGUUUCCUCCCACCACAACCGCCAAUACCUCUGAGUCUCACCUUAUCCAAUAUGACGCCCCUUUACCGAUCUCCAGUUAUUAAUCACCGGGACGAUCAAGAUGUGCCGGAGAAUCUUAGUAAACCCAUAACCACCGUUCCACAGACAUCUCCCACUUCUCCCGCUGCCAUAUUGAAUUCUCGUCAUUCCUUUCACGACAAUCUCCAUCAACAACAUCAAAAGCAGCAACUUGAGCAGAGAGAGGAGAUAAAACUCGAACAGAGAUCACCCGGACAGGAGCAGUAUCAACAGCGACCGAUGAGUCGGGAAGGCGCCGAGCGAAUAACACCGAAGAGAGAACCCGAGGAGACGGAAGAAGCCGCAGAGGAGGAGAGCGAAGAUUUUGAGGAAACCACGAGACGAUACCUUAAUUCGCCCCAAUCCGCAAAUCCACCGUCCCAGCCGCAAACGUACGAGGAUUGUAGCAUGGACAGCAAGAUCAGCGGGCGUUUAGAGGGUGACGGAGAGAUGGAAGUAGACGAGGAAACAGAGGAGCAACCCGAAAAUCUCUCGAGUAGAGGUACGAUCAAUCGUUUGCCCCAACAGAUCGUGGCGUAUCCAGGAGCAUCGCCGGCUAGUAGUAGCGCGAGUAGCGGUAGUCUGCAGACAUCUUUCGCCGGAAUACUGUUUCCAGGUCCCCCGGUUCAUCACCAAAUUUCUCACCUUCCUGUUUCUUCGGCAGGACCAAUCACGACAUCCGCAAAUGAAAUGAUUGAUCCAGCCAAGGACCCAGCGAUUUAUUCGACUUUGUUACCGCGACCGGGCAGCAAUGACAAUUCCUGGGAGAGCUUGAUCGAAAUAACGAAAACUUCGGAGACGUCCAAGCUACAGCAACUAGUCGACAAUAUCGAGCACAAAUUGAGCGAUCCUAAUCAAUGCAUCGUUUGCCACAGAGUGCUCUCAUGCAAGAGCGCGUUGCUGAUGCAUUAUCGCACUCACACUGGCGAACGUCCUUUCAAGUGUAAAAUUUGCGGUCGCGCCUUCACGACGAAAGGCAAUCUGAAAACCCACAUGGGGGUGCACAGAGCGAAACCACCACUGAGAGUGUUGCACCAGUGUCCCGUGUGUCACAAGAAAUUCACAAACGCUCUCGUAUUGCAACAGCAUAUACGUCUUCAUACCGGGGAACCCACCGAUCUCAGUCCGGAGCAGAUCCAAGCUGCAGAAGUGAACGAGUUUCCACCUGGUUAUCAUCCGCUGGCGUCUUUUCUCCCGCAAGGAUUUCCGCCGAUACAUCCGACCAGUGCGGGCUUCUCCUUAGGAUUCCCUCCAUCUAGGCAAACGACCAUCGAGCAACAAUUGCUGCAAGAGAGCGACGUCGAAACGAAAGAGGAGUCUCAGCAACGACAGAGAUUUAUGGAGGAGCAUGGCGAGGAGAUGGAAGAUCAGGAGGAUGAAGAGCAAGAUCACAGAGAGGACGACGAGAGGACGUGUGAACUGAAUCGCGACAGGCGUAGCGUCGAAAUCGAAGAGGAGCAGGAUCACGAAAGUGAAGAUACGACCGAGCACAAGGAUAUGACGCUUCCUAUAUUUUCAACUUCGUUGGCGGCGCUCGAGAACCAAGUAAGGACCAUCACGACGACGGCCACGACUACAAACGUGGUCAGGUCGCCGUCCUUUCAUCGGUACAACGGCAGCGAGAAGAGUACUAGCCCGCCGACUUCCGGAGCCCCACUCGACCUGACGCCCCGUGCUUCGUCCACGCCAGCGUCGGUGGCUUCAGCAUCACCGACACCGCCACCCCAGAUCGUGCCGCUCCAUCCACCAAAUCCCUUCGGCAUGUUCGCGGGAUUGCUGCAAGUCUCAUCCGCUCCUACCACCAGCACGAUAGGCACGUCGAACAUGAAUAGCAUCACCUCGAUGAGUGCCAUCAACCCGGGAAGCGGGCCCGGUAGCGGACCACUAGCCUCGCUGACCACAUCGGCCGUACUAGCCGCAUCAUCGACCUACAAUCCGCUCGGCCUAGCUGUCGGAGGCCCAGCAGUACGUGGCAACACCACAUGUAAGUUCUGCUACAAGACGUUCGCGUGCCAAUCUGCAUUGGAGAUUCAUUACCGGAGUCAUACGAAGGAGCGACCUUUCAAAUGCACCAUAUGCGAUCGAGGUUUUUCUACGAAGAACGAUGAUUCCGGUCAGCAAGUAUGUUCCUGCGCGGACCAACCCUUCGCCGCGAAGGGUCCGAUUCUCCCACAACCCAAUUCCCAAUAUCGCUCGUACCCGGCGAAAUCGGCCGCCGGAAAUAGUGAGAAACCGAAACGCAGGCGGCGGCGGCCUGAGGAACGGAAGAACCGGGGGCGGACAGGAACAGGAGGGGGGCGAAGGCUGACGUCUGUUUAUCCUGCCGUCCGCCUGCCCCCGCUGAUGCCACCCGCCCUCGGACUUCUACCCUCGGACCACGUCUUCCUGGGUAAUAUGAAGCAGCAUAUGUUGACUCACAAGAUUCGCGAUAUGCCGCCACAUCUAUUCAGCGAUCCAAAGCAUCAACAGCAGCAGCAGCAACAGCAACAGCAGCAGCAGCAACAGCAGCAGCAGCAACAACAACAGCAACAACAGCAGCAACAGCAGCAGCAGCAACAACAGCAGCAGCAACAGCAGCAGCAGGAACAAGAAACUUCCAGAAGUCCAAUGUGCGUCGAUGAUUCAAGCCUACCACCCCCACCUCCACCACCUCCACCACCCCCGCCGAUGCCACCGACGUCCCUCGAGUCCACGAUACCAGUGAAAAGAUCACCGGAAGGAGAUCUGCCGGCACCGAAAAGACCAGCCAGCCUGCCGAGCAAGCAUUUGUGCCAGAUUUGCAAUAAGAAUUUCUCCUCGUCUUCGGCGCUCCAGAUACAUAUGAGAACUCACACCGGCGACAAACCGUUCCGAUGCACCGUCUGCCAGAAGGCGUUCACCACCAAGGGCAACCUCAAGGUACACAUGGGUACUCACAUGUUCACCAACGGAACGUCGCGUCGAGGCCGACGGAUGUCGUUGGAUAUACCUCCCCUGCCAAUCACGCCCAAGGACUCGGAGUUUCUGCAACGACGACCGGACCUCUUUUACCCGUAUCUUCCCGCGCCAUUCCUUAACGGCGUCCAGCAGAAGCUGAACGAGAUUUCGGUGAUUCAAAGUAGCAACGGAUUACCGCCUCAUUCCUUGAGCGCGGGCAAAUACGCGGCGAGUCUGUUCGGCUCGGUGUACGGCGCCGGCGGGGGUGGCUUCUCCCUGGACAAACAACCGUUGGGUCCGACCAGUAACGGGCCCCUAGUGGAUGGCAAGUCCGCGAUACCCUCGGGAUCCAUGCUCUUCCAAACACCGUCGCCCUCGCAUUCGCCCGGCGCAUCGUCCAACGGCGGCAAUCAGACGUCCGCCAGUGUGUCUUGGACCGGCGAUACACUUCAGCACCAUUUCGACCGGGAGACACCGAGCAGAGCCGAGAAUGACGCCACACCGCCCACAGCGCGGUUACCACCGCCACCAGCGAGGGGAGAGGGAUUAGCCGCGUGA